AUGAACAAUCUUCAACGUAUCAUAUCUAGACCACUUCAAAGUGCAUAUACUGCAGGUCUACAGAUAUUUGGAUUUAGACCAGAAGGUAGCAUAAAUUUGGGUCUAAAGUAUCUUCGUAAACCACUCAUCGGUCAAUACCUCGAUGACUACUAUCCAACCAAACCUCUAACAAUGGAAUUGUUAGGUAAUAGCAAUGACAAGGCAUACUAUAAGGCUGAUCGUGUACAAAGAAGAUCAGAAAGAGGAAAGGUAAAGGUAAAGAAGGGUAGUGGUAAGAUGGCUCUCAAACGUGCCAAGGAUGCUUCAAAGAAGAGUGGAUAA